UGACGCAGUCAGGAAGCGCCGCUCGGCAGCAGGUAGAGCAGAGGUAGGACCGGUUCUCCUGCUGAUGUCUGUCCGCGUCCGAUGGUCCAGCGGUCAGCUCCUUCUUCAGCUCAGUGAGCCAUCAUGGCGGAGGAGGGCGGCGGUCUGACGGGGCGGCUGGAGGCGGCUGGAGGCGGCCUGUGCUGGCUGUCGGUGCUGUCCUGCCUGCUGCUCGCCUGCUCCUAUGUUGGCAGCCUGUAUGUGUGGAGGAGCGACCUGCCCAGGGAUCAUCCUGCGGUGAUAAAGAGGCGCUUCACCAGCGUCCUGAUCGUGUCGGGCCUCUCGCCUCUGUUUGUCUGGUGCUGGAGAGAAUUCACAGCCGUCAGGACUGCAGCGCCGCUGUUUUCUCUCCUGGGGAUCCGGCUGGAAGGUUUCAUCCCUGCCAUCGUCCUUCCUCUGCUGCUCACCAUGGUCCUGUUUCUCGGCCCGCUCAUGCAGCUCGCCAUGGACUGUCCCUGGAGCUUGAUGGACGGGAUCGGCGUGGCGCUCGACCCCUGCUUCUGGACGCUGUGCUUCAGCGACAUGCGCUGGCUGAGGAACCAGGUGGUGGCGCCGCUGACGGAGGAGCUGGUGUUCAGAGCCUGCAUGCUGCCCAUGCUGGUGCCGUGCGCCGGCCCCUUGACCGCCAUCUUCACCUGCCCCCUGUUCUUUGGAGUCGCUCACUUCCACCACGUCAUCGAGCUGCUGCGGUUCAGGCAGGCCACGCUGUCGGGGAUCCUCCUCUCUGCAGUCUUUCAGUUCUCCUACACGGCGGUUUUUGGAGCUUACACAGCCUUCAUCUUCAUCAGAACCGGUGAGCUUUCUGUUAUUUUACGCUUCUUCCUGAAUUAA